UUCAUUAAUCAUAAUUUUUUUUCCCUAAAAUUUCCCCUAAUUGCUGUGAAAUUGAAGUGAAAAAUCUCAUCCCGUUUUGGCACAUUUUCUUCUUUUUCUCUCUCUGCGAAUAAAGCUCUUUUUUUUAAAAGCUCUUACAUAAGAAGGGCUGUUCGCAGAGAGAGAGAGUUAAAGAAAUAUAUUCUUAAUUUAAUUAUUAACAAUGGCGAUUAAUGGUUCUUCUAAUAAGGUGGUGUUUGGAUUCUUUGCUGCAUUUGCUCUAAUUUUCUCCAUCUUUUUGCCUACUGUUCAGGCCCAACAGCCUUUUGCUCCUGCCCCUGCUCCAGCAAGUGACGGAACAACAAUUGACCAAGGGAUUGCGUACGUAUUAAUGUUGUUGGCAUUGGCAGUAACAUACCUCAUUCACUCAGCUGAUGUUCCCUUUGGUGUCUAAUUAUAUAAGUUGGAUUAAUUUGGUGAAGAUGAUUAACUAAUUUUGUGAUUGCCUUGGACUCAUACAUAAGGUUGCUGUGUGCCUAGGACAUGUAAAUUUUGUCAUUUUCAUUCAGACAUUCUAACUUUUGACAAGCUAUUUGUUUUGAGAUUUUUCAGCAUAAUUCAUAUAUUUCCACAUUUUUUGCCCUU